CCCCGCCCACACCGGUUCAGCCGUUGGUCAUUGGCGUCAACAUGGCGGCGGUGGAUGUCAUUGUGAACAACUUGGUGGCACUGUGGAGGAUACCGGCCGUCCGACACCACUUCCACUGGAUAUUUUUACUCAUUUCAGGCGUGGGCUCAGUUCUGAAAGAGCUGGAGCUCGUCCCGCAGACGUAUUUCAGCAGCAGCAGAAACGCCCUGAACGUGUAUUUUGUCAAAGUGUCCUGGGGGUGGACGCUGCUGCUGCUGACACCCUUCCUCCUCCUUUCCAACUCCGCCUUCAGCAGGAAUGUCUCCUUCCUCGGCCGGCGGCUGCUGUCAUUGGCAGUGGCAACAGCUGUCUGGUACGUCUGCACAGAGACCUUCUUCUACAUCGAGGAUGUGACUGGCUCCUGUUUUGAAACUGACAACCUGACUGUAGUCAACUUGGAGUUUACAUCCAAAGUUGCCUGCAGGCGGGCCGGCUUCCACUGGUCCGGCCACGACAUCUCGGGACACUCGUUCAUCCUGGCCUACUCUUCUCUCUUCAUCAUGGAGGAAACGGCCCCGAUGGCCUCCCUAAAAACAGCCAGUCUGUCUGCACUACCCAGGAUGGUCCUCAACCUGCUGUACGUGGCCUUGAAUUUGAUCAUGAUCAUGUGGGUGUGGAUGUUUGCUUGCACCUCGGUUUAUUUCCAUGAGCCAUUGCACAAAUUGCUAGGGACCCUAUGCGCCCUGAUGGGGUGGUAUCUGACAUAUCGGGUGUGGUAUCUAAAGCGUUUGUCACCAGGACUCCCUCCUCCGUGUCUCCCAAAAGAAGAGUAACAACAUGCCUGAGCUGAGCUCCGACCAUCCUGUACAAAAUUGUUGCCAUUGUUACAGCAAUCGUCAAAACAACACACUACAGUUGGCGUUAUUUGUCCGGGUCCAAGCUGGCCACUUUAAGCUAUUUUAAGUUAUUCCCUCUUCACAGAAAGGUCGCUUUGUACAAGAUGACCGACUUGCAGGGCAGUUCCUCCGCUAUGUUUGGCAGCUGCGCAUCCCAAAAUGACUCUUGGUAAUCUGAGAUAAAACCAAGAAGCUGCUCUGCUGUUCAGCUUCAGCCUCUCACCUUCAGCCUCUGUGGCUCGUGUGCUACACCGUUGUUUGUCUGCCUUAUGAUGCUUUACUCAAGACUGAGUAAUCGCAGAUUUUUAGAUAUGAAUGGGAACACUUGAGAAUGUUUACAGCCCCAGUUGUAAAACGCUGACGAUGUGUACUUUUGCAGACCAAUGUACAGUAGAUGUUAUUGAUUUAGAAUAUCAGAUACCAAGAGGAUUUUAAUAUAUAUAUAUGUUAGUUAUAGGUCAGCAAAUUUUCUUUCUUUGCAUUUAACAAUUAUUUUAUUAUCCAUUUAUCUGCCAAAUAUUUCUCUCAGUUAAUUGGUUGGUCAAAAAUAUCCUAGCAAUAGUACAAGGUGAUGUGCAAACACACCCCAAAGAGAUACAGUUUACAAAACACAACAGCUAGAAACAGAAAAUGUUCGGCUUUUUUCAACUGUUCAAGUAGUUUUGUGCAAAUUAGUUUUUCUGAUGAUGAUUGUUUCAACUCUAAUUUUCUUUGUCUGUGCCAUUAAGUUCUAUUGCUACCCAAAAAACACGCAAUUUACCAGUGCAUUUUAUUGUCAUUUCCACAUACACCAUCCUGCUGUCGUAAAUACUCACCAGUACACCAUGUGUGUAUUAAUUUAUGUGUGACAGUACCUGUGGUGAACACUACACUGUCAUUUCUAUUUUAACAGCUACAAACAAUUGUUACAACUUCAUGUCUUCUGUAGAAGCCAGUGUUGAGAACAAGAGGUGUAAAAAGUAGUGCAGUAUUGAGAGGUGGACCAACACAUUGAUGGGUUUGGUCUUUUCUUAGCAUUUGAGGACAAUAAGGAAUCUUGUUGAGGAGAAUUUUGGUAAAUUUAGGUAUACAGUAGUGUGUUUGAUUUGCGUGUGUUGGUGUGUGUAUUUUCAUAUGUCAAAUACAAAAUUGCAAACUGUACAGUGCAGGGACCUCAAUGGGUUUUGCCAAACUAGUAAUAAUAAUAAUAAACUGUUUCUGUAGA